ACCAACUUGACCCGAACACAAAACCCAUAAAAUAUCCCAUUUUUUUUUCCUCUGUCCCACUUCAUUCCAGCUUCUACACAAUCAUCACCACCGAAGGCACCGAUUUCUCCUCCAUUGCACUCUACCUUACUGCAACCCUCUCUCUCAGAACAAUGAUCAAAGACUUUUCCUCUCCCCUUUGUCUCUCUCGUCUUGGUGACGUGAUGGCUGCUAUGAUUACUUGGGAUGGUGGCUAAGGUUUUUGGGGGUGAAGGUGGUCUAGACAACGUCGAUUUUGAGGGUGUGAUUUCGGUGGAGGCAGUUGUAACUGUCACAUGGGCGUUGUACGGUGGUAGUUUUGGUGUUUUGUGCAGAUUUUGGGGUUGGGGGUGUUCUAGAUGGUGGCAAAUAUGGGUGGAUGGUGUUUCGGUGGUGAUGGAUUGGGGUAGAAAAAGAAUAUUCGGUGUUUUUGUGUGCUUGUAUGUCACAAGACUGAAUCAAUCAUCUUUUGGUAGUAUAAUUGGAGAAAACAAACAUCAUGGGACACCUACAAAUCCAUGUGCUUCAGAUCGGGUACCUGGAGGAUCUUCUAAUGGAUCUGCAGUUGCAGUCGGUGCAAGGCUUGUGGAUUUUUCCUUAGGUACUGACAUUGGAGGAAGUGUAAGAUUUCCAGCCUCAUUUUGUGGGAUUUUUGGGUUCCGGCCUUCUCAUGGAGUUGUUUCUACUACGGGGGUUAUUCCUAUGGCACAGAGUUUUGACACUGUGGGCUGGUUUGCUAGGGACCCUGUGCUAUUGAAUCAAGUUGGGAGGGUUCUACUGCAAAUGCCUGAUAUGCAUCCUGCUAGACCUGAGCAUAUUUUUAUUGCAGAUGAUUGUUUCAAGCUUCUAAGCAUUCCAAGUGAUCGAGUUUCUAAAAUUCUUGUUAAUGACAGGUAUGAGUUCAAGAAAAAUCAUGGUGAAUGGGUCAGUAGUGUCAAACCUGAUUUAGGUCCAGGGAUAUCAGAACGUGUGUGGGAAGCUAUUGCAGCUACAGAUGAAAAUAUAGAUGUCUGCCAAAGAAUGUUGACUGAAUUACGUGCUGCUCUGGCUUCUCUUGUUGGGGAUCUGGGCAUCCUUGCAAUCCCUACAGUUCCUGGGCCUCCUCCAAAACUUCAAACAGAGGCUUCUACCCUGGAAACUUUUUGUGUCAGAGCUUUUAGCUUGUUGUCCAUUGCUGGAGUAUCUGGAUUUUGCCAGUUGAGCAUACCUCUUGGGAUGUAUGAUAAUCUUCCGGUGGCAGUGUCUUUGCUAGCAAAACAUGGCUCAGAUGCAUUCCUGCUGAAUGUUGUUGAGAUCCUUUAUGACACUCUCAAGGAGCAG